AAGUACAUUUGUAAAAUAUUGCAUUAUAUUUUCACGCCGAACCUCAUUUUUACUCUAUAUUCAUUGAUGUGAGAUUGCAUCAUCUUUUGUUCAAUUUAGAGUUUUCGGGUGAAAUUAUUAUUUAGAGUAUUUUUAUGGUUUGCAUAAAUUUCCAUGUCUUAAUUUAAACAUUUUGCCGUUUAUUUCACAAAAAUCCUUUCAGUAAUAAGAAAGUUACAUUUUUGUUUUAUGAACCAGAUAUAUGUAUUAUGUCUGUAUUUGAAGGACGGGCCUUUAUUUCACAUUACUAUUUUUCCCGCCGUCCCAGCUUUAUUUCGUGCAAAUCGAUUUUUCAUGUUUUGCACGAUCUGUUUUCCCGCUCAGUACUCAGUAGUUUGCUAUAUAUUGACUAAAUUUUAAGUGACAUAUUGCAAUGCACUGGACGUUAUACAGGUCACUAUGACGGUGACAGACAAAUUAUAUUUGUCAUAAAAUUACAGCUUGUACAAGCUUCUUAUUUGAGGACACACCCGAAGAUGACACGGGCCCUCCACACGUAUGUCCAUGGCUAAAGGGUGACGCAUGCCCUUGUUCAGGAUCCUAUCAACUGUGCCAACACUGUAGGAAGUACAGUUACGCUUGAUAAGAUUUUAUACAAGACGCCCGCCAUUGAGACGAAUUUUGUUUAACAACGCCACCACUUUAUAGAAACAUGACAGAAACUGUAUGGGAGAAAUAGACUGAGAUACGUUGAUAGUGUUUGUUUGUGCAGUGACUUAUCAUAGUAGUUUAUCAUAUACAAUCAUUUUUCAUUUAUAAAUAUUCAUUUCUGUAAAUAAAUUUGUAUAUAUUUUUCUGUUCUGAGUUGUUGGUUGUUUUAGAUAGCAAUUGUGGUCGGCCUGGUAUCCCAUCGUAGUCCCUAUUGUGACAUUUGGUGACCUCGACGUGAUUGGAUACCGGUUGACUAUAGUUGUUAUCUGAAACAAACCACACUCACUUUACUGCAGCUAGGUUAUAUAGCUAACACUAGAAACUUUGGUUUUAUUUUAAGUAAAAGUUUUAUUUACAAUUAAAAGUUAAAUUUAGUUUACUUAAAGGUAGUUAAAUUUUGUAUCAUUUUUAAUUAUUAAUUCUUUUUAUAUUUAGUGUGAUUAUAAUUUCUUAACAUUUUCAGAUUGAUACCGUGACAAAUGAAACGGACUUGUGUGUGUGACAGCUAUCCAGCUGAGAGGUUAUAACAGCCACACAGACCCGACAGUGGACGUUUGGACGUUUAGGGUGAGUUCGUUCCAUUUUCCUCCUUUUAGGUGUCACUUUAUGAUGAGACCACCAGUUUUGUAAUCUGAAAGUGACCUUUCGGUAAAACACCGGAAGUACAUAUAUACACACAUACACUCUGCAAUUUAAGGUACUACCCGCCUUGUGUACUUUUUCUAGAUAAAGAAACUGUGUCUGUUAUCUAGGUGAACAUUUAAUUUAUUGUGUCAUUUACAAUUUUACUUUGUGUUUACUUUGUGUCUGUAGUAUAUUGAAACUGGCCAUAUGCCUUUAUAUUUUUGCACUGUGGGGUAAGUGCUACGCGACAUUGAGUUUUGGGUCGUAGUUUGGACUUUGAAGUUUAAAGUAUUUUGAACAGUUUUAAUUAUUGCCUACUGUCUACUGUACACUUAAGAUUAUUAUUAUACAACCUUAGUGAGAUACUUAGAUGAGUUUGAAACUUAGUGUUUGUAGUGGUGAGGUAUAGUGUUUAGAAUAAAUGAUACAUUGUUUAUUUUAGUACUGUGUACAGUGAAGGUACAUUUUGAUUAUAGCGCUAGAGUGAUAAAUGCGUUUAAUUAUAUGGUGUUACACUGAAGUGUAGUGUUAUAGUGCACCGUGGUUGCACUUAGUGAAUAUAGCGUUUUGUGUUUAAGGGUUGUAGUGUUACCCUUUAAUGAUACUUUGAUAUCAUUGUUCUACCUCACGGUAAGAUUUUACUUGUAUCCUAAAUUGUUGUUGUAGUAGUGUUACAGUGUAGGAAAUAUACAUAAUAAGUUCAAGAUGACUAGUGUAAAUGAGUUGAUGAAGGUAGGUCAGGAGUUAGGGUAUACAGAUGAGGCUUUGAGAAACUUUGUUAAAGAGGAGCAAGCCAGGGAGCGUGAAGAAAGACAUAGUAGGUUAGAAGCUGAGAAGGAACGUUUAGAAGCUGAGAAGGAUAGGUUAGAAUUAGAAGCUAGGUUAGCAAAAGAGAAGUUAGAAGCUGAGAAGGAACGUUUAGAAGCUGAGAAGGAUAGGUUAGAAUUAGAAGCUAGGUUAGCAAAAGAGAAGUUAGAUUAUGAAGUCCAGAUUUCUAAGGAGAAGUUAGAAAUAGAGAUAGGAAUGGAAAGAGAGAAGUUAAGUAAUGAGGCUAGUGUUGCAAGGGAGAAGUUAGAUUAUGCUCGUCAGUUAGAAAGAGAGAAGGAGGAAGCAGAAGCUAGGAAGUUAGAUACAGAAUAUAAGAUGAAGAUAGAGUUAGAUAUGUUAGGUAAGAAGAGUGUAGGUAAGGUUAAGGUUAAGAUGACUCCAUUUGACGAAAAGAUUGAUUCUAUGGAUGCGUAUUUGAAUGUUUAUGAAACUUAUGCGUCUGCUCAGAAUUGGGAACAUGAAAUGUGGUCACUAAACUUACCGUUUCUGUUAAAAGGUACUGCUAGGGAGGUAUUUGAUAGGCUUCCAUUAGAAGAUAGGACGGAUUAUGAUAAGCUGAAAGAUGCUUUGUUAAGGCAGUUUGAGUUGACUGAUGAUGGGUAUAAGAAGAAGUUUAGGACUGAAAGGCCCCGUGAAAAUGAGACUUUUGUUAUGUUCCUAGCUAGAAUUUCUAGAUACUUAGAUGGGUGGCUAAGAUUGAGUAAGGUGGAGAAGACUUAUGAAAAGUUGUUAGACUUCAUAGUAAGGGAUCAAUUUUUAGAUAUCUGCAAUAGAGAACUAUAUCAGAACCUUAGUAGUAAGAAGUUGUUUUCAGCCCGUGAAGUAGCGGAAGAUGCAGAUUUGUUUGCCAAGACUAGAGGAGGUCCAAAGUAUGUAGUGAAUCAUGGAAUUAAAGACAGAGCUAAGCCUUAUGCACUGCCGAGUAGACCUGUAGAUAGAAAUCAAGGUAGUAGUUAUCGUAUGCAAAGAGGUAACGAUAGACUGGUAAAUAGAGGUAGAGCAUCUCAGCAGUAUGAAGGUUAUAAAUGCACAUGUUGUGGUCGUUUAGGGCAUACAGCAUUUUUCUGUAGAAAUAAGGCUACAAAUAAAGCUAACGCAGCGGAAGACAUAGAACCGAACUCAAUGAAUCCAAGUAAGAAUGAUAAUAGUUAUCAGGGUAAUAGAAGGCGAGGAGGUUAUAGAGGUAGGAGUAGAGGUAGAGGAAGAAAUAGAGAUGCAGAUUCGAAAAUUUCGAUGCCGAGAUCAGAUAGUGGUAGUAGUUUGAUAGAACUUGGGGAUUUUGAAGACGUGGGCACAGUUACUAUAAAUUCAUGUCCGACAACUAGAGGUAUAUGUAAUGGUAAAGCUAUAGUUGCAAUGAGAGAUACUGGGUGUACAUGUGUCAUAGUACGAAGGAAUUUGGUAAAUGCAAAUCAAUUGUUAGGGAAGUCCAGACGAUGUAAGUACAUUGAUGGUAGUGAGCACAGAUUAGACAUGGCGUUAAUUGAUCUUGAUUGUCCGUAUUACAGGGGUACUGUAGAAGCACUAUGUGUAGAUAAUCCUACAAAUGAUGUAAUUAUCGGUAACAUAGAGGGUGCUGUAGAACCAAAUUUUGGUAAGUUAGCUUCAGCAGUAGAAACAAGAUCGCAGAGUAAAGUUAAAGCUCAUAGAAAACUUAAAGUUCCUUCACAGAUUUUAGACAUCACUAAUGUAGAGUUUGUAGAGAAGCAGCAGGCAGAUAGGUCAUUAGAUGGAUGUAGAAAGAAAGCAGAGGAAGGUACUGUUAGAAACUGUAGAGGUAAAGGGCAAGUGAAGUUUCAGGUCAGGAAUAAGAUGUUGUUUAGAGAGUUUACGGCAGGAAAUGGUGACGUAAGUAGGCAGUUAGUAGUUCCUAAGGAUCUUAGGGAGACUGUGUUAAAAGUAGCGCAUGACUCGCUUUUGGCAGGACAUCUUGGUAUUAGGAAGACAAGUGAUAGAGUCUUAGGGGAGUUUUAUUGGCCAGGUGUUCUUGUAGAGGUUAGACGAUAUUGUCAGUCUUGUGAUAUUUGUCAACGUACUAUUUCUAAAGGUAGAAUAAGUAAGGUAACUUUAGGUAAGAUGCCUUUGAUUGAUACUCCUUUUAAGAGAGUUGCCGUUGAUAUUGUUGGUCCGAUCGAACCUAUGACUGAUAGGAAGAACCGAUAUAUUUUGACCAUGGUAGACUAUGCUACCAGAUAUCCUGAAGCAAUUGCAUUGCCUAGUAUAGAGACUGAAAGAGUAGCCGAAGCAUUAGUUGACAUGUAUAGUAGAUUAGGUGUUCCAGAGGAAAUGCUUACAGAUUGUGGAUCACAAUUUACUUCACAGAUUAUGAAUGAGGUUAGUAGGUUGCUGUCUCUUAGACAGUUAACAACUACACCGUAUCAUCCGAUGUGUAAUGGUUUAGUGGAGAAAUUUAAUGGUAGUUUAAAGCAGAUGUUGAAACGGAUGUGUAGUGAAAGACCUACAGAUUGGGAUAAGUAUUUGAAUGCUAUGUUGUUUGCGUAUCGGGAAGUUCCACAAGAGAGUUUAGGAUUCUCGCCAUUUGAAUUGUUAUAUGGACGUAGUAUAAGAGGUCCAAUUACCAUUUUGAGAGAGUUAUGGUCAGGAAAAACAGAGAAUGACGAAGUUAAGACAACUUAUCAGUAUGUAGUUGAUUUGCAAGAAAGACUAGAAAGUACAUGUAAGAUAGCACAGCAGGAGUUAGAGAAGAGCAGUAUUAGGUAUAGAAAGUAUUACAACAGGAAAGCUAGAGAUAGAACUUUUAAGAAGGGAAGUAAAGUACUGGUUCUUAUACCUACAAAACGCAAUAAGUUGUUGUUACAAUGGAAAGGUCCAUUUGUAGUUUCCGAGGUCGUGAACAAAUUAGAUUAUCGGAUAGACAUAGGUAACAAUAAGAUCAAAACUUUCCAUGCCAAUAUGCUGAAGGAGUAUGUUGAAAGAAAUUUCGAACCAGAACGAGGUGCGUUGGCAAAGGUAAGUGCAGCUAUUGUAGAAGCGGAAAAUGGGUAUGAUAGAUUAGAGGAAGAUGAUAGUUUAGAAACAAGUUACCAAGAUGAUAGUGACAUAUUGUUAUGUCCAUUGAAGAAAGGUUCAGAGACAUAUAAAGAUGUCCAGGUCAAUCCUGACUUACAAACAGAUUGUAAGACUCAGAUUGCAACCUUGUUAAAGAAAUUUUCAGAUGUUUUAACAGAUAUACCCGGAAAUACGUCAUUAGUUCAGCAUGACAUUAAGUUGACUACGUCAGAACCGGUAAGGACUAAGGGUUAUCCUAUUCCUUUUCACUCACAGCAGAUAGUAAAGGAAGAAGUUGAUAAAAUGCUAGAGUUGGGAGUUAUCGAACCUUCUAAUGCUCCGUUUUCUAGUCCAAUUGUCCUUAUCAGGAAAAAGGAUAACACGAUUAGGUUCUGUAUUGAUUUUAGACAGAUCAAUAAAUGCACUGUAUUUGAUGCGGAACCGAUGCCCAAUAUGGAACAGAUAUUUUCGAAAUUAUCAAAAUACAGGUAUUUUUCGAAAAUUGACCUUAGUAAAGGAUACUGGCAAGUUCCUUUGUCUGACAAUGCAAAACCUUUGACCGCAUUUGAAACCCCGUCGGGACUUUUUCAUUUCAGGAAAAUGCCCUUUGGUUUAGUCAAUGCCCCUGCAACGUUCUGUAGACUGAUGAGAAAGGUUUUGAAAGAUCUAGAUCACUCAGAUAGUUUUAUAGAUGAUAUUUUGGUCUAUACAGUCACAUUGCCAGAGCAUAUCAAUGCAUUGUAUGAGUUAUUUACCCAAUUAAGAGAGUCUAGGCUUACUGCUAGACCGUCCAAGUGUUUCAUAUGUUUUGAAAAAUUGGAAUGUUUAGGUCAUAUGAUAGGAGGUAGUAAGUCCAUUGAACCUGUUCUCAGUAAGGUCAAGGCAAUUCAGGAGACCGAGAGACCCACGACUAAGCGAGGAGUCCGGCAAUUUUUAGGGGUUGUGUCUUGGUACCGGAAGUUCAUCCCUAACUUUGCCGCCAUUGCUGUUCCGUUGACCGAUUUGACAAAAAAGUUUCAACCAAAUCGUAUUGAAUGGGGUGAAAGUCAGGAAAAGGCUUUUCAGACUCUUAAGGCUAGUUUGACCGGUCCGCCCAUUUUGAAAUUACCAGAUUUAGACAAGAUGUUUAUUCUCAGAGUUGAUGCUUCUGAUUGUGGAUUAGGAUCUGUAUUACUUCAAGAACAAGGUGAGGAGAAAUUUCCAGUAGCUUAUGCCAGUAGAAAGAUGUUACCAAGAGAACAGAAGUAUUCUGUAAUAGAGAAGGAGUGCCUUGGUAUUGUUUGGGCAAUUUCUAAAUUUCACAGAUACUUGUUUGGUAAGGAAUUUAUUCUAGAGACAGAUCACCAGCCGCUUUUGUAUCUUAACAAGGCAAAGUUAAGUAACUCUAGAAUAAUGAGAUGGUCUUUGCUUUUGCAGCCAUACAGGAUGAGGAUUAGAGCAAUCCCAGGUAGAGAAAACAUAGGUGCAGAUUAUUUAAGCAGGGUAUAAUGUAGAGUGUAGUGUAGUAUUUAUGGUGGUUAUAAAUAUGGUGUACAGUAUUUCUACUUACAUUUUUGCAAUUUGUCGUUUUCACUUUGUUGUAUUUAAAGAAAAUUUAUCAAUUUUCUUAUUUAAAGGGGGGCGUAAAUGUCACAAAGUGAAAGUACAUUUGUAAAAUAUUGCAUUAUAUUUUCACGCCGAACCUCAUUUUUACUCUAUAUUCAUUGAUGUGAGAUUGCAUCAUCUUUUGUUCAAUUUAGAGUUUUCGGGUGAAAUUAUUAUUUAGAGUAUUUUUAUGGUUUGCAUAAAUUUCCUUGUCUCAAUUUAAACAUUUUGCCGUUUAUUACACAAAAAUCCUUUCAGUAAUAAGAAAGUUACAUUUUUGUUUUAUGAACCAGAUAUAUGUAUUAUGUCUGUAUUUGAAGGACGGGCCU